AUGCCUGUUGCACCCAUUGGCUCAUUUUCGGAAUUUCAAGCAAUCAUCAACAGCGGUAAACCUGUUGUAAUCGACUUCUGGGCAACAUGGUGUGGACCUUGCCGAAUUAUUUCACCUGUCUUCGAGCAGUUCUCGGGACUUCCGGAGUUUGACGUCGUCGAAUUCUACAAAGUUGAUGCCGAUGAUCAACCAGAUAUUGCUCAGGAAGUCGGCAUACGUGCAAUGCCAACCUUUAGUGUUUUCAAAGACGGGCAAAAAGUUGGGGAACUUACUGGCGCCAAUCCAGAAGCUUUGAGAAACCUUGUUCGCAAGGCAGCUGAGGCUGCUUAG